CAAAAAUGUCCUUGGAAUCCGACCUUCACCCUGUGCCCGACGUUCAUUCCUUUCUCGCAUCCACUGCUGACGACGACGACGCGGACACCGCCUCGCAGCGUUCGAUUUCUCUCUCCUCUCCCGCCGUCUCUCCCCGCAAUUCUCUCCAGAACCACGGCACAUCGCAUCGCGCGUCACAUCCAUACACGCUCGACACCGACCUCAGCUCGGAGCCCGAUGACUCGAGCAGCGUGUACACGCACGACAUGGGCAUGCAGGAGAGCCCGAACACGUCCGUCGCACCGUCCGUGAUCGAGGAACCGAGGGACGCUUUUCCCACUAGCAAGACCAUGAUGCCAACGUAUCCGCCGUCCCCGCCACGAGGUGACGCGGCGUCCAUCGCUUCGGUAGCCUCGGGCUCUUCUCGCAAAGCACGUCCCGAGUCUAUGAUUGUGCUUCCCGGAGACAAACCUCUCAUCCUGGGCAUCGCAUUGGUGGACUUCAAUCACUUAGUCGGCCCUCGUAUCGAGUACUCGCGCGGGGACAUCUUCGACGACGAGGAGGUCACCAAGAUCCUGCCCUUCCUGGCGUUGCCAGAUGGUGCACAUCUCAGUGCGGAGGACUACUCUUAUUUCCAUCUCGUUCCUUCUGGAUCCAACCCUACGACUAUCUUCGGCAUUUCAUGUAACCAACAGAUCGCGUCGACGGCGUUGCUCGUCAAGACGCCAGACGUGACGCGGUCGACUGUGCAGAAGGCGGUGGUUGUGCUUGCAUCAAAGCCCAUUUUCGGGCCGAUCAGGGACAAGCUGGGCGUGGUCACCACGGCACUCUUCCAUCAGAGGGAUUUCUCGGAAACGGCCAUCUUAGACGACUUUGGGUCCUCUUUGGAGACUUCUGUUCGGGGUCAGCUGUCAGAAAGCGGAUUGUUCAUUGGGACUAACCUCCGCGAACUUGUCCACACAUUCCGACAGCGAACACUGCUCCUCGUCAAAGCGUUGUUACUUCAGAAACGGAUUCUGUUCUACGGUCAUCCUGUGGAACGCCUCUGCACCUAUCAAUACUCGCUCGUCUCGCUUCUCCCAGGUCUUCUGCAAACGCUGGAUGACUGUGGAUCGCCCCCACUGUCCAGUCGGGCGCCGACUCUCACCCAGCCGACAUCUUUACGGACCUCUGACCGCAAGAGCAUGAUGGCAUAUACUGGCCUUCCACUGGAUAUAUUUGGGAAGGACGCGUUUUUUCAGCCUUAUUUGCCACUGCAGCAAUUAGACCUAGCUGCUGAGACCAAAAGCUGGCUGUGUGGUAGCACCAACUCGAUCGUCACGCAGAGGAACGAGGUUGAUUUGUUCGUGAAUACGGAGACUGGUGUGUUGGAGUUCCGGGACCCCAAGUUGGAGCGAAGCGCCGGAUUGACGCCCGCGGACCGGAAGUGGAUGGAUGACAUUGUCAAAGAUGUCAAUGAGGGCUGGAGCGACGAGGAAGGUCGGCCGGUCAGCAUUAUGUACAAGGGCAGCGACGACUAUCUACGAACCAAGUUUGAGGAGUACAUCUCUGCUUCUCUGGCUGCGGUCAGAUAUCGCGAUUUCCUGUCGAAAGGUGGAAAACCGAUGAUCGGGACAGGCUUGGACUUGACGUCCACGGAUGACUUUAAUCCGCUUUGGAUCAGCGAGUUCAAAAAUACCAACGCCUAUGAAGUCUGGGCGCGCACCACCGACCCGCUUCUCUUUGAUCUCGUAGAGCCACGCCAUCCAUGUGUUGACAAGCCAUCGGUUGUUGCGGACAUUGGGCUUCGUUUGCAGGAGGGAAUCCAGGAUCUCAAGAUCGAGCAACAGCUGGCUCCGACGCGGGAGGCCAUUGCCCGCACGAUCUCUGUGGGUUCCACCAACUUAUUCAAAGCUUUCGAAGGGGUCCGCGAGCGGUGGAAUCAACCCAAGGAACCUGCGCUUGAGAGCGUGCCCGGAACACCGGUCACCGCGAGCAAAGCCGAUGUUCCUCCCCCGAACUCCCGACCUCUUCUCCUGGCGCGCAGUUCCACCAUCGAACCGAGUGCGGCACCAGCACCGAACCCCGCACGGCAGACAAUCUCAUCUUGGGGCGCCGGGCUUGGGUCGUUCCUGAACCGGAUGCCGAAUAUCACCAAACGAGACAGUGCUGCUGCUGACAUGCCACCACCGAUUAUUACGACUCCGGAGGAAAGCCCGAAUGCGUCUACCCCGUCGUUCCUCGGCAUCCUCUCGCCGUCGGGUGUGUCGUCGCCCUCGGUCUUUCCGCCGACUCCGCAAGACGCGGCUCCGCUCAACCCCGUCUCGUCGGCGUCCGUGCCGCAGCAGGCAUCGACAUCCCCACUGAGAUCCUUGUCGCUCUUGACGCCCAAGGCUCCGGCGCCGGUUGCCGCCGCUCCAACGUCGGAACCGGAACCGGUUGCGAAGGAAACACCCUCGAUGGAUCUCAUUCAUGACGAGCCGCAUCCUAUCAUCCACGACGAGCCUGAGUCUGUUCAUGAAGAGCCUGGCAGCGUUCACGAAGAAUCUCUUUCGGAGAUCCACAGCGAGCCCGCACCCGCUGCCGGGUUUGCCGUGUAACGAGCGAAUCGCUCGCCCACGUUCUUUACCUGACCCACUAAGCUCAUACGUGUAUAUUCUAUUGUACAGCCCACGGCAGUUGCUCCGGAGCAGCUCUGUCUCAUUCGUACCGGUACAUCUGGCAUCACUUCAUCGGGAUGUGUUUAGAAAUUAUUUAUGUCUUUUUGACGAACACAUGAUCGAGGAUAAUGUCUGCAGAGAUCAAGGUAGGAGCGUCCAUAUCCAACUCGAUGCUGGUGAGGUGGUUGGGAUCGACCGCCAGAGCGAGGGAGCCGGAGUUCCCCGUGAUAUGCAUGUCACACAUUUGACAAAUCUAAUCCACUUUGGUUGCCUCACGCCCUGCACCUUGCUUCUGUCCCCUUGCCUGUUGGCUCUCGCUUUCCUUUCUUCCCCUUGUUUUCCUUCUCAUGAGAUCCAACUCUCGCCUAUCCAAGGCGCUCUCUGUUGGUUUGACGGUCUCCGUUCUCCUUCAUGCCGCUCUCGGAUCCCCGGCGCAAUUUCCGCUCUCGAUGGAGGCGGGGACAAGUGCGACUGCUCCCAUAACCACCGGCGAUAAAGACAUGGAAGUCUCCAACACUGCGCCCGUGGGCUGGUACGACCCUCGAGCGGGCGGUGGGAGAAUGCUUGAUUUCACCACCAAGACACGGGGGGAACCGCUCAAUGUCAUCAUCUCCGGCCUGUCCGAUCCGUUCGUCCUCACCGAUGAGGGUUUCGAGGCGUACGCUCGCUCCAUCGGCUAUGCGCGCGAAUGCAUGGGUUUGCAUUGGGGAAACGUGCAUAAGGCUGAUCUUGGUGACGGCGAUGGCCGCAAACCCGAAGUGCUUCUGUAUCGGCAACACUACAAGCUCCCCGGCUGGGGGACAUGCUGGGAGAGUUUCGCCGGGGGACAGCACUUCCGGGCGUGGAAACAGAACGGGACAGCUGCGAAUAGUGGGGCAUGGUUUCUCGGGGCGUCUAAGGAAGAAGAUGGCCGGCGCGGGCAUACGAUCGUUGCCAACGGCUGGAACAUCGGGCGCGAUUGGCUGGUGGAGCAGACGCUCGCUGAAUCGCAGCCUGUUUGGGUUCCGUACGGAGCGCUGUCCCCUCAAUCCCUUGCUACAUUGCGACCGCGAGGCGAUGGGAGUGGAGACUUGCGAAGCGAACAAUGGCCGUGGCCUGAGACGGGAGGAGAGCGGAUCCAGUGGAGCGCUGUUGUGGAGUGGCGUGUUGGGCUGCUGGAACCCGGAAAGAAAGGCAUCAACCACAACAUUCCUCAAGACGGAGUCGUGGCCAUCUUGACUAUCAGUCGAGUAACGACUGACCAGAGAUUAGAUUAGAUCCGGAAACCCUCCUCAUUAUGCAUUUAUCUAUCUCACAUGCAUGAACCUGUACGACUCAUCACGAUACUAUCUAUGCCAGACAACUUGUAUAUCUGUAUCAUUGUUUCUAGACGAGCUUGUGGAUUGUAAUACUCAAGGCCUGCUUGCAAGCUUGAAUUCGGACCUGCACCCACACUCUGCCCACUUCCUUUUUUGGUGCGAUCGCGACAUGAACUGACGCAAUUUUGAUUCCUUGCUCUCACUCAUCACGACCAUGCGUGCCUACUACUUCGACAACGUCCCCGGCGACCAGCGUCUCCCCCACGACUACGUGCCCUCUCGCCCCGUCUCCGAUGACGUCCUCCAGAAGCUGAAUGUCCUCCACUGGCACAUCCCGGUCGAAAACCACGAAACGGACGUGAACGCCAUUGCGAAGGAGCGGGGAUACAAGAAUCGGGACAUGAUCAACGUCUCGAAGGAAGGAAUGGGCGAUAUCUACGAGGCGAAGAUUAAAGGCUUCUUCGAGGAGCACAUGCACGAGGACGAAGAGAUCCGGUACAUUAUGAGUGGUAGCGGAUACUUUGACGUUCGAGAAACCCCUUCAGACGCCUGGAUCCGUGUUGCUCUUGACGCCGGUGACCUGCUCGUUCUGCCCGCUGGGAUCUACCACCGCUUCACCCUGGACUCGAACAACAACAUCAAGGCCAUGCGGCUGUUCCAGGAUGAGCCCAAGUGGAUACCGCACAACCGGAGCGAGGUGACAGAUGUCAACCCCCACCGCAUCGAUUAUCUCAGUGCCAUUGGCGUUGGCGCCUGAGCUCCUUGGCCAUUCCGGCAGAGAACACACAAACCAUUAUAUGAAAACAAUGUAAAUUUCUGGAAUGUAGCUCCCAUGUUUCAGCGCCUUUUGCGUUAUCCCUGAAUGCCCUUGCUGCUGGUGACCACGAGUUACCCUGUGCACAUAAAAUCCUCGCGCAGAUAUCUAGAGUUGGUUUGCGGUCGAAGAUCUUCGACACGCACAUCUUGCAGCAAUAUCUCCUUGUCCGAGAAGAUCAGCUAUUUUUCAGCGCGAACACUGAAAUGGCAAUCAUCCACUUGGGUCUGGUCUCUAUAGAAGUGAGUCCGAAAACCUGCAGGAUCCGAACCUGAUAUUUGAGGCUGGUGAGCGAGCAUAG